CUAUAUAGAAUGGGUAUUCAGUGCGUAACAGCAACCAUGGUGCCCUCAUAGCUCAUGUCAUUAGUAGCAAGAAUAUUUCGACUGGGUAGCAACAAUAAACCCAGAAAAGUUCUCUCUUGUAUGACUUGCAGUAUGAUAUCUCAAGGAUCAUGCGCAGGAAUAUCAUCAGUGCAGUGCCUGUCAUAGACUAUGAACUCUUUAUGUUGCCUGUGGAACAUAAUACCCUUGGAUUGGAUUGUAAAGUACAUACUGAUGUGGGAGAACUGAUUGUUUUGUUUUUAUAGGCAACUGUGGUCCUUACUCAUAUUCUCAGGGAUUUGUUUUGUGGUAUACUGAUUCACACUUCGCUGACAUCGCAGAGUGAACACCAAGGAUUUUUUAGAAAUACGUCUAUUCAAGUCAUCUACUAGAAAUGAACUGUUCAACCAGUUUAAGGUUCUUGAUGUUUUUGGCUACUUGCUUCCCAAUGCGCAUGACUAACCACGGUCAGGCAACAUUUAAAUUUGAUUUUCUGCGAUCGAUAUUCGGACAAGGUGCCUUAUAACUUUGAGCUUUGUCAUCUUUCCUGUUAUAGCAUGCACAGUGCCCUUUGGGUCCCUUUCCAGUUAAUUUGAACUGCUGAAAGCAAAAGGGAUCUCUCUAAAUGCUUGGAGUUUAGCGCAGUCCGGGUACUAAACGUGACAGGAUAAAGCUGUUCGACUGCCAGGGACUUAAAGGGAUUAGUCAGCAGAUAAUCUAAUCCGAUGCCUGUGAGCGGAUUUAUCACAACGACAUCUACCAUGGUGUCCCGCCAUGAACAUGGUACCUCAACAUUGAUGAGACGGAAGAUCAACGAUGCAUUCCGCAGGAAGCAUCACCACCAGAAGACGGAAGAUGACAGGAUAUCGGUGACCUCCGAAGGAAGUGAUUCUGAGGUCAAUGAACAAAUUCUCAAGAAGCGCUUGACCUAUGUCCGCGCCAUGAGAUUACGUUCCUCAGUCUACUGUACGAUGCAGCCUCGAUGGGCCUUGCAGUACUCCAAACUCUACGAAUACGCUGUCAUCGUCUCACUGAAGAUCAACCCGGAGACCAGAAGAUAUGAGCCCUACGAAAUGAAGAGGUUUCCUCAUGAGGUGAGUGACAGUCAAACAGACAAACUGCGAGCUAUCCCAGAGUUCUGCUUCCCCGAUGCCUUCAAGUGGGCGCCCGUUGAACAGUACAACAGCGAGAGCUUCUGCUUCGUACUCACAAGCUCAGAUGGAUCGAGACUCUACGGUUACAACAGAAGAAUACUGCCUCCAGGCAAGGGUCCCAGGUUACCGGAGGUGGUGUGCGUGAUGAGCCCCAUCGGAUGCUAUCCCAUCUACAACCAGCUCCUUGAUGAGAUCGAGAUCAGGAGGAAACAUUCCAUGGCAGCCGUUGACAACUUGCUCAAGCUCUCACAAGACUGCCCUUUCCCAAGACCGGGAAGCCACGUAAAGGUAUCAACUCCGCCCAAUAAUAACAACUGGAAGAAGCUCCACAGCAGUCAGCUAGAUCCCAAGCCUCUCAUACUCCAGAGACCUCAAGAUCAAAGAUUAGAGCACGUUGACUUUGAUACGUUGUUUAAUUGUUUGAGUGUGAACAGGAUAGUACAAAUCUUUGCUUCAUUACUCCUAGAGAGGAGAGUUAUCAUGUGCUCAGGGAAAUUAAGUAAGCUUUCAAGAUGUUCUCAGGCAUUAGUGGGUCUCCUGUAUCCAUUCUCAUGGCAACACGUCUACGUACCGGUCCUACCAGAGAAGCUGAUCGACAUGUGCUGUUCACCGACACCUUACAUCAUGGGAAUGCUCUCACUGUGUAUACCGAGGCUGGAAGAGAUGCCCCUUGAAGAGGUCCUGGUCGUUGAUCUCGAUGCUAGGGAUUUCUACACCGUGGUCGGUGAUGAGGAAACUAUUCUGCCAAAGAAACUGUCAUUAGCCCUCGAGAGGGCGCUGAAGGUUUGCAGUAUGAGCAGCUGGGAGGGAGCCGACACCGAUGAUGAAUUAUCAGAAGACCAUGAAUCGAAAAGCAGAGCCAUCUCCGAGGCUUUCAUCCGGUUCUUUGUAGAGACUGUCGGUCACUACUCCAACCACUUCACCCAACAGUACGACGGCUCGCAGAAGUUUGACCGGGAGAGUUUCGUCAAGGCGAUCUCGUCGAAGAGCGUGAGGAAUUUCCUGGAGGUCUUCAGCGAGACGCAGAUGUUCUCUCUCUUCAUUCAGGAGAAGGAGGCGGAGAGCGAGGGCAUCUCGCAAGGGCUGUUUGAGAGGAGAGUAAGAGAAUUCGAGAAUGAGUCGAAGAGCAACUCAAAGAACAUUGGUGCCAAGAUGAAGAAAUUCGGAAAGGCUGUCAAAGAAAUCAAAGAUUCAGGUAUGAAGCUGGCUGAAUCGGCAAAGAUCGCCCAGAAGCGAAUGAAACAGAACUUUGAGGAUAAAAUUUGACAUAUGGCUCCCGAAACCCCGUCCAAAGCGCCUCGGGAGCCACUGAAUUAUAAAGCAGUGCGUCGAGUGACGGGGCAUGACCUUCGACAUAUGGUCAUAUGAUAGGACGCAGUGACAAGUGAUCAUGACAUGAAGUCACACUAGCUAUGUUGCUCCACUGAGGAAGUGUCAGCAUCAGCUUCAAAGGAGAUGUUGUGCGAAAGUGAAUGGGGAAUAUAUGUUACCUUGAGGUACACCUAUGGCACAUUCAACAUGUCCCCAUGAGAUGAAAAUUGCAGGAAUCUAAAAGGGGAAUUUGAGGUCUAGAAGUGAUGAUGAGAGAAAGCAGAUGAGGACUAUAUGAUGCCCUCUGGUACACCAGUAACCCAUGCACCUUGUCAAUUCAGCCUCAAAUGAAAAGGUUGGAGAAAAUAAAUGGGGAAUAUAUGUUGCCCUGGGAAACACAAUGCAGCAUAUCAGCUCGCGAUGAAUAUUGCAGGAAUGAAAAAAAUCUAAGCCUCUGUCGCUGAUAUUUAUUGGGAGUCAAAUGACAUAGCUGUAGGAUGGAGACUAUACAUGCCCUUACAUGUAGGUUUAUAUUUCAUCACUCUGAUAUGACUCCUUGCCUGACAUAGACCUCAAGAUAGGCUACAGUGCUCUUCAGUGUAUAUUCAAGAUUCAAGAGACAGUCUGGUAGUUCUUCUUAGCAGAGCACACGAUCUUAAAGUCAGAAAUUUGAAUGUCCCAGCAUCUGGAGAUUUGCUAGUUGACUCUAAUCAUCUUAAAAGCCUUGUUCAUUCCAUCCGCUCUAUCUUCAUAUUUCUGGGAUUCCAAUUGAGCGUGAAAUACAAACCAUUCCAGAGGCAGUUUGAUGUCUCCAAGGUUCUGAAACAACCUCAAUGAUUCUGUAGAACCAUGACCCUUGGAAUGAGAUGCCUGAUCCUCUUCAAUCAACAUUGUGCAGUUUCUUUUGACUUCACUGUAGUAAGCUGUAUUAGUUUAAUGUGGAUCAAAUGAUAGGUAGUCUCUCACAGAGUACUGUUGGAAGAUCAGAAGCUUCAACAGGCUGCAACUUCCUGCAAGCUUGCAGUUCAGCCUUCAAAGUUAGGAGAUUAAAAAGCAGGGUUAAAGACUGAAGAAAGUCGGUAAAUUAGAUGUUCAAUAUGUGCAUUCUCAACCCCUAGCAUCUCUCUUGGUGAUUUUCAGGAUGAUUCUUUGGGUAAAAUACUACCUGAAAUACAGAAACAACCAUUAAACUGACAAACAGGUAUAAACGCACAUGUGCAGCAUCAUUAAAAUUUGCACAAAUUGUUACUCCUUUUAUGGUCAGGACAGAGAGUAUUUUCUAGGCUUGUUCCUGAUGGUAGAAUCUCACACCCUGGUACUUUUUUAAGGUACCAAAAGAAGUCCAAGUAAGGUUCUGUCGCAGCUUCCAGUGUGAAUUUCUUUGUAUUUUCAAGCUCCCUUUUCUUGUUGUCAAGGGAAAAUUGAGUAAAGUUUAUGGGCAGCAUUUCAUAAAAGUAAAUAGUCGGGGAUUUCCACUGACUAUUGUUUUAAGCUUCCCAAUUUGCUCAGAGCAAAUUUGACAGUGAAAAUUCUUGACAAUAUGCUUCGUGAAAUUUUUCACUGAUUUCCCCUGACUGGUAGUCUAAUCAAGGCUUUAAUUCUCUGACGACAGACUGCAUGUAGAGCCCGUGGUACAAAGAGUUGCGACUUAUCCAAUCAAUCUUAAUUAUGGAAAGCCAUUUAUGUUGUAAUUCUUCAUCUCUGAUGCAUUGUUCCUUUGUAAACAAAAAAGGAUGAAGCUGAGUAGUAAAACAAAUAAUGCACUGGUGUUUGUCAUAUUUAGAUCUCAUCGUAAAAGGAUUUAUUUUAGAUCAUGGUUACAUUGGCUUCCCAUAGUUCAGAUUGAUUGGAUCAGUUGCAUCUUCCUGUGAGACGGGCCUGUAUAAUUCAGUCACUGACUUGAAUUGUCGGACUAUCUGAGCUGCUGCCAAGUAGUAGUACUCACUCUGUAUUUCAAACUGAAAUGUUAAUAUAUUGAUCGUUUUGUGCAAGGUGUUGUAAAUGACCGUGUUUUCUGUUUUGUUCUAUUUAAUCGAUCGUUGAAAAAAUUGAUAGACUUUGCAAAGUGUUUGUCACUCUUGUGAUUAUGGUGGUAGUUGUGAAUAUUAUUAUGCUGAAAGUAAAUAGGCCACACUAGAAUUCCUCAAUUCUAUUCUCUUCUCAUGAUUCGAAAAUGUUCAAUUCUUUUUUAUAGCAUUAAAUCAUCGAGAAUCAUUGUUUGAUAAAAGUCUCUGUAAAUGGGUCAGUGUAGGUGACUCAUUUUGGAAGUUUCUUGGAAAUGACACAAGUCAGAUCCAUUUCCCCCUGUGUCUGUGAGUAUUGUUUCUCGUCUCCCUCCCCCCUCUCUUCGCUUUAUGUAUGUCUGUCUGUAGGUAUCUUACUUUCUCUCUCCAUCUCUGUCUUUCUCUUUGUCUCUCUAUUUCUCUCUUCCGUUCUCUCUCUGCCUGUUUGUCACUCUUUCUGUCUGUCUGUCUCUCUCUCUAUCUCUUUCAUCAUCAUUCUAUGUCACUCACUUCUUCUUCCUCCUCCCAGAACUUAGAACAAAAAAAGAAAGAAUUAAGAAACUCUACCAAUUUUCACAUGAAACAAUUAUGAAUUUUCUGAAUUUUAAUAAGUUCAGAGCAAAGUAGUUGCGGAAAACUAUUAAGGUUCCCUUUAUGAAACAAUGAACCCCUGAUUCUUCAUUGCCAAGUUAUGAAAUACAAAAUACGGAUCAAUUCCGGUUCUUUGAUGUACAGAUAGAAUGUAUUUGACAAUUGCUGCAUCUUGAAUUAAAAUGAUAAAAAUAAACUAAAUGUUCACCACUUGAGAAGAGUGAGUGAAAAUGGCAAAAGAAAAUAUGAGAUCAAAAUAGUACUACAUUUACUGUGUGUUUGCUGGUCAUAAAGUAGCUAUUUUACUAAAAACAAGCUAUGUUUAAUGAUGUACAAA